CACAGUCGGCAAAAAAAGACAUUUUUCUUGGGAGCUGAACAAAGGCUGAAGGACUGGCAUAACAAGGAGGCUAUCAGGAGGGACGCGCAGCGCGUAGGAAAUGGAGAACAGGGGAAGCCUUACCCCAUGACCGAUGCCGAGAGAGUGGACCAGGCAUACCGGGAAAACGGAUUUAACAUCUACGUCAGUGAUAAAAUCUCCCUGAAUCGCUCUCUCCCCGAUAUCCGGCACCCAAACUGCAACAGCAAGCUCUACCUGGAGACGCUUCCCAACACCAGCAUCAUCAUCCCUUUCCACAACGAGGGCUGGUCCUCACUGCUGCGCACCGUUCACAGCGUGCUCAACCGCUCGCCCCCAGAACUUGUGGCGGAGAUCGUGUUGGUCGAUGACUUCAGUGACCGAGAACACCUGAAGAAGCCACUGGAAGACUACAUGGCCCUUUUCCCCAGCGUGAGGAUUCUCCGGACAAAGAAACGGGAAGGCCUGAUAAGGACCCGAAUGCUGGGGGCUUCGGCCGCCACCGGAGACGUCAUCACAUUCUUAGAUUCACACUGUGAAGCCAACGUCAACUGGCUCCCCCCUUUGCUUGACCGCAUCGCUCGGAACCGAAAGACCAUCGUGUGCCCAAUGAUUGACGUCAUCGACCAUGAUGACUUCCGGUACGAGACACAAGCCGGGGACGCCAUGCGGGGUGCCUUCGACUGGGAAAUGUAUUACAAACGAAUCCCAAUCCCUCCAGAGCUGCAGAAGGCGGACCCUAGUGACCCAUUUGAGUCUCCUGUGAUGGCCGGAGGGCUGUUCGCUGUGGAUCGGAAGUGGUUCUGGGAGUUGGGCGGAUACGACCCUGGCUUGGAGAUCUGGGGAGGGGAGCAGUAUGAGAUCUCCUUCAAGGUGUGGAUGUGUGGGGGCCGCAUGGAAGACAUCCCCUGCUCCAGAGUGGGCCACAUCUACAGGAAGUAUGUGCCCUACAAGGUCCCUGCCGGAGUCAGCCUGGCCAGGAACCUGAAGAGAGUGGCUGAGGUGUGGAUGGAUGAGUAUGCGGAAUACAUCUACCAGCGCAGACCGGAGUACCGCCACCUCUCAGCUGGAGACGUCGUGGCCCAGAAAAAACUCCGAGGCGCCCUCAACUGUAAGAGCUUCAAGUGGUUUAUGACCAAAAUUGCCUGGGACCUGCCCAAGUUCUACCCACCUGUGGAACCCCCGGCUGCGGCCUGGGGGGAGAUUCGCAAUGUGGGCACAGGACUGUGCACAGACACGAAGCACGGCACGUUAGGCUCCCCGUUGAGGCUCGAGACCUGCAUUCGGGGCCGUGGGGAGGCUGCCUGGAACAGCAUGCAGGUCUUCACCUUCACCUGGCGGGAGGACAUCCGGCCUGGAGACCCUCAGCACACCAAGAAGUUCUGCUUCGACGCUGUCUCCCACACCAGCCCAGUCACCCUCUAUGACUGCCACAGCAUGAAGGGCAACCAGCUGUGGAAAUACCGCAAGGACAAGACCCUGUACCACCCUGUUAGCGGCAGCUGCAUGGACUGCAGCGAAAGCGACCACAGGAUCUUCAUGAACACCUGCAAUCCCUCCUCCCUCACCCAGCAGUGGUUCUUUGAACAUACCAACUCCACGGUCUUAGAACAUUUCAACAGAAACUGAGUCCUUAGACCUCCUUGACAAGCCCCUCAGGUUGCUGUGGCACUCAUAGACCUUCCUCCUGUGGAAGAAGAGGCAUCCGUUGGCACCAAGGUGCUGGGCCAAAUGGCUUGGGACACAGGGUUCUUGAAGUCCUUGUGUGGUGGGGCCAUGGGGAGAAGAGACCGCACGAACAGCUCUCCAAGAAGGUAGAGCCUGCUUACAUCGUAGCAGAGUUCAGCAGCCUGUCAGCAUGGUCUCCUAAAGGUUAGGGUUGAACCAGAAAAUCAGUCCUACGAGGUUGCCUAGCCCUUGGGCUACUGCCAGACAUGACAGUGCCCUAGAAGGAAAGGUGGUAUUGGCCUUGGGACAAAUUUUAAGCCUGUGUGCUAGCUACUGGCAAGGAUGUCUGCCCGUGCUGAGGGGAGGCUGCCAGUACUGCCCGGCUUCUGUGUUGGUCCAGGGCACUGAGAGCCCACUGGGACCUCAAGAGUGCUCUGUAGCUAGCGCCGGCCAGCAACCAGACAAGGAGCUUCUUUCUCUGCAGCCAAAUGUAUGGGGUGUCUUCCCUGGCUCUCCGGGUAUUUCAGAUGCCCGUUCUAGUUACAGGGCUAUCCGGGUACCAGGUUUUCGGGGCUGGUUUAGCUGACUCAGUAGACCUCCAGACCAAACAGCUCCCAGCCAAUGCUUCCAAAGCCCUUUCUCUGUGCUUUCCUUGGCGGCUCCCCUGCCUUGGAGAGGAACGGGUGCUGCGAGAUGCUCACCUCCAGAGUUCCCCUGGGGGUGGCGGCUUCCCCCAGAUAAUGACCGUUGUGGUUCCAACCUCACAGAACCCUGGAGUUUCUGAAAAGUGCUGCAAACAAGGAUGAGCCAUGGCAUGCGUGGGCACAGAGCGCAAGCAUCCAGGUGUCAGGCAACCCCUCACCCGAGCGGAGGCAGUGGGGCACCGGAAGCUUUGGUACAACCCAGUGCCCUGUGAGGAGUGAGGACGUCAUGAGCUAUUGUUCCCCUUUAACCCCAUGUCUCAAAUGAGAACUCACCCUCCAAGGAUGUGGUUACUUGACCUUGUCAUUUGCCAGUGAAGUAACUGAGAUGUGGUCCUGGGGACAAUGCCCUGCCUUAGAGAUGCUGGGAUCAGGGUCAUCCAGUCCCCAGGUCGGCCAGAUGGCUGGUGUAGAGUCACCUCCAUGCAAUCCCUGCGCUGUCACAGCUCCCUUAUGGAUUCCUAGUGUCUUUUUCCAUAUGAGCAUUCUACCUGACAAAUGACCGGCUGGGAAGGAGUCAGAGGGGUGGGGGGUGAGCAUCUAGAAUCCAGUGGGGACACGUGUUGCAGCCAAGGGGAGUCGAGUCCUCGGAGAGCAAUGCGGCCUCGUUUCAAUAAAAACCGUGCCUUUUACAAAGAGAAAAUGCAGUCGAGCAGCUGACUCCCUAAACUUGAACCACUUCUUAGUGCCUUGCUAGACAGACGGGCGGGGGGAAGGGGUGCUUACGCAGGUCCUAUGAGCAGACUGGGUGUCUUUAUAUCUGACUUCAAGCAGAAAGUGCUAGGCUUGGAGCAGAACUGAGACCCAGAGGCCCCCCACAGUAGGGAAACUGCCUAUCUGUGCAGCCCUCCCUGAGACUGGACAGCUCUAGUAGCCUACAAGUUCUAGAGACCUGACAACCCUGUGGGUAGGAGGUGCUGAUCCCCCCAGAAGUGCUCUGCCCGUCCCUCGCUAUCAGGGGUGAGCUGUAUUUCCAGGUGAUGUUAAGCCGGUGAUUAAAGCAGAUGCUGCCACAAGCCAUCCCUGGCCUUGCUUGCCCCAUUCAUUUCCAUUCUCAUCUGGUUCGCCCCCUCCUCCAGUGGUCACUUCCUCUGAGCUCACCUCAGCAUCUGUGACUGCUGGACCUUAAAGCAUAAGCCUUGAGGAGGCGUCACAGGAAGGACCAGGCGGGCUUAGUGGCUGGCUACAGAUACUUCAAUCCCCACCUUGUUUUGGCUUCGGGUGUGGAAACCCUUGUCCAGAAGAGUCAGGUUUCUACUCUGCACAGGCAGAAAGGCCUGUGGACACGCCACAGCCAAGAAACAAGCCAGGCAGCUGGCCUCUCUUCCUCCAAAGCUUUACUUCAAGGCUAAGACUGCAAAACAAAAUACGGUUAGAAAGACACCUCCCAAAUGUUCCAGAAACAUUUUUGGAAUGCAGUGUCCUUGCUACGAGGCCUUUGUGUGGCAAGCUGUCCUACCCUGUCCUGCCAACUGGGGUGUCUGGCUUUAAAAGCAUCCGGCAAUGGUGGACCUUCGGUUGUGGCGGGAGCUGCUCUGAUGGGCAAGCCUAGUGGAUUCCCAGAGUCAGCACCACGACUCCCCUUCAGUCCUUCCUGUCACGCUUCUCCCUGCGUGUAGCCGAGAAGCGGUGGUGUGUUUAUCUAAAGACAGGCAGUGGGAAAGGGACAAGGAGUGCAGUUCCACCCUGCAUCCGGUCAACACUUGCUGCUGGUGCUUUCUACGACAAAUCCUAUCAUAUUUUGGUUUAAGGUUUUGAUGAUGAAUCAGGGCCCUGCUGCCCCCAUUGGGUGAGAGUAGUAGCUGUUUCGAGAUCUUAACAGGUUCCACUCUGCUCCGACGGGAAGGCUGGGGUCCCCGGAAGGGGGCUGUAGGCAGGGAAGCUGGGCACUGAGACACGGUUCCGUGGGGGAAGCCCAAGACCACCCACCUCUCCUGGAAGAGUGAGCUCUGUAAAAGAUGACUUACCAUGUUCAGUUGUGACUGUGAUUGUUCAAUAAACCUCCAGAGUUUCUCUAAA